AUGGCCGAGCGUGGGAGUGGGUUGGGAAUUGUCGCGGAGCCAUGGCUGAUCCCGAACGACCAUCCACAUUGGUUCGCGGACUGCCGCGGCUCCGCGGCCAUCUACUGGAGGCCGCUGCCACGAUCCCCGCCGUGCACUCGUGUCGAGGCCGGCGAGGGAUACGUGGUGGCGAAGUGGGGGCCCAUACUCAUUGUUGCGGUAUAUACCCCUCUUAGCUGGGACUUGGCAAAGAUUGAGGGAGUGCUGGACGUGAUAGAUUUGUGCGUCCGACAGCACCCCCAGAGCCAGGUAAUAGUCGCCGGGGACUUCAAUGCAAAAUCUGCACUGUGGGGUUUCCGGCGGCCAAAUGUGAGGGGUCCCACCCUGGAGGGGUGGGCGGCGGGCCUAGGCCUGUGCCUAAUAAACAGGGGCCGUAAAAGCACGUGCGUGCGUCGGCAGGCACGGCGCGCUGUAUUCGUGAUUGGGGGAUGA